AUGAAUAUUCUACCGAAAAAACGAUGGCAUGUUCGCACGAAAGAAAACGUGGCUCGUGUUCGAAGAGAUCAGAAACAAGCUGAAGAAAUGAAAACUGCAAAUCUAAAUCGCGCAUUGAUUAGUGAGAGAGAAUUUAAAUUGAAUAUAUUGCGGAGAAAUGCUAAUGAACGAAAGCAAUCGGUAUUUGGGACAGAAUAUAAGGAUAAAAGUGAUAUAGCAAUUGAAGACCGAACCGGCCACGUGAAUUUAUUCGUAGACGUGGAAGAAACAGAACGAAAGAAUCUUGUAACAGGAAACAAAGACACGGCAUUCACACUUUUUUUCCAGAAAUCUGCGUGGUAUGAGCAAUUUCCUAUUCAUCACCUGCAAAAUGUUCCAAAAAAACCAACAAAACCAACAAAAAGAAAGAAUAUUUUAUCUUCGAGAAAUUAUAAUCGUAAACUGCAGAAAGAGUGGGAAAAAAAAAGUGGUAAGAAGAAACAUCACAAAUAUAAUAAAGGAAAGCGAUGUUCCAAGAAGCAUGAUAUCUUAGAUGAAAUCGAUGAAGAGAACGCAAAGAAGAAAAAACUUGAAGAACUUCGAAUGGAGCGACUGAAGAGAGAGGAAAUAGAGAGAAGAAAAGCUACUGAACUUAUGACUACACCAAGCGCUAGUUCCAUGGUAGCAAUAGUGCCGAGAUAUAAUACACAAUUUAACCCUGAUCUGGCCAGGCAGAAUCGUAUCUAG